AUGGCCUGCCUUGCCACCAGCUUCUGUGGAUUUCCCAGCUGCUCCACCGGUGGGACCUGCGGCUCCAGCUGUGGCCAGCCCAGCUGCUGUGAGAGCAGCUACUUCCAGCCAAGCUGCUGUGGAAGCAGCUUUGGCUUUGGAGGUGGCAUUGGCUGUGGCCAGGAGGGUGGCUCUGGAUCUGUGAUCUGCCGCACCCGGUGGUGCCGCCCUGACUGCCGCGUGGAGGGCACCUGCGUGCCCCCCUGCUGUGUGGUGAGCUGCACUCCCCCAACCUGCUGCCAGCUGCACCACGCCCAGGCCUCCUGCUGCCGCCCAUCCUACUGUGGACAGUCCUGCUGCCGCCCCUCCUGCUGCUGCCACUGCUGUGAGCCCGGCUAUUAA